GUGCGCGUCCGAGUCAGUUCCGGGCUGCGCGCUGUCGCGUUGAGAGAUCAACAUCAGGCAGCUGCUGUUUUAAUGACAUUCACUCUCUGCCCGUCCUGAAAAAUCCCUUCAGUUUAGCAGAAGUCUACUCUGUGAAUAUAGAUAUUUAAAGCAUCAUCUGAAGCGGACACUUAGGAGGAUGAACUACAUCUGGGAGGUAGUGGGCAGACAGCCGACGGGCCAGCAGCCGAGCGGCGCGGACACCGUUCAGAAACUGUGUGACCGCGUGGCUUCAUCAACCCUGCUGGAGGACCGGAGAGAUGCGGUGCGUGCCCUCAAGUCUCUGUCCAAGAAAUACCGAAUGGAGGUUGGCACGAUGGCUAUGGACCAUUUGGUUCGAAUCCUGCAGAGUGACCGGACAGACACUGAGAUCCUAGGUUACGCUUUGGACACUUUGUACAAUAUAGUUUGCAGUGACGAAGAGGAGGAACCAGCAGAUGAUUCUGAAGAGGAGAGCCAGCAGAAGCAGGAGGAUGAUUUAGGAUCUCAGUUCAGUGAGAAGUUCAUCGGGGAACCAGAUAAUAUCACUCUUCUCCUCACACUGCUGGAGGAGUUUGACUUCCAUGUGCGCUGGCCGGGUGUGAAGCUGCUGACCGCGCUUCUGAAGAGCCAAUGUGCUCCGGUCCAGAGCAUCGUCCUGGUCAGCCCCAUGGGAGUGUCCAGGUUAAUGGAUCUUCUUGCUGACUCCAGAGAAGUCAUCCGUAAUGAUGGUCUCCUGCUGCUGCAGCAGCUAACCAAAGGCAACACUGCGAUUCAGAAGAUCGUGGCUUUUGAAAACGCCUUUGAGAGGCUUCUUGAGAUCAUCAAAGAGGAGGGGUCGAGCGAUGGAGGCAUCGUGGUGGAGGACUGUCUCUUAUUGCUGCUCAACCUCCUGAAGAACAAUAGCUCCAACCAGAAUUUCUUUAAAGAAGGCUCCUAUAUCCAGAAGAUGAAGCCGUGGUUCGAGGUGGGAGAUGACAACUCCGGCUGGUCAGCACAGAAGGUCACCAACCUCCAUCUGAUGCUGCAGCUGGUGCGAGUGAUGGUUUCUCCAGUGAACGCUCCAGGGGCCACGGCCAGCUGUCAGAAGGCCAUGUUCCAGUGUGGGCUCCUCCAGCAGCUGUGCACCAUCCUCAUGGCCACAGGUGUUCCUGCAGACAUCCUCACAGAGACCAUCAAUACGGUGUCAGAAGUCAUCCGUGGCUCUGAAGUGAAUCAGGACUACUUUGCAUCUGUUAACGCACCAUCCAAUCCACCAAGGCCGGCGAUUGUAGUUCUUCUCAUGUCGAUGGUGAACGAGAGACAGCCGUUCGUUCUGCGCUGUGCUGUACUUUACUGCUUCCAGUGCUUCCUGUACAAGAACCAUAAAGGGCAGGGCGAGAUCGUAGCCACACUGCUGCCCUCCACUAUAGAUGCUAGCUCGAUCUCCGCGGGGCAGCUGUUGUGUGGAGGGCUGUUCUCAGCGGACUCUCUGUCAAACUGGUGUGCAGCUGUGGCUCUGGCUCACGCUCUGCAGGAUAACCUCACGCAGAAAGAGCAGCUGCUGCGUGUACAGCUGGCCACCAGUCUGGGCAAGCCUCCCGUCUCCCUCCUCCAGCAGUGCACCAACAUCCUCUCCCAGGGCGAUAAGCUCGAGCGGCGGGGCAGUCGAGUGCAGACGAAGGUCGGUCUCCUCAUGUUGCUCUGCACCUGGAUCAGUAACUGUCCAAUCGCUGUCAUGCACUUCCUGCACAAUCAAGACAACGUUCCCUUCCUGACGGCUCAGAUCUCAGAGAACCUGGGUGAGGACGAGCGUCUGGUUCAGGGUCUGUGUGCUCUGCUGCUGGGCAUCUGUAUCUACUAUAAUGACAACAGCUUGGAGAAUUACACCAAAGAGAAGCUGAAGCAGCUGAUCGAGAAGCGCAUAGGAAAGGAAAACUUUGUGGAGAAGCUGGGCUUUAUAACGAAACACGAGCUGUACUCGCGUGCUGCUCAGAAACCUCAGCCCAUCUUCUCGGCUCCAGAACACAUGCUGUUCGAUCACGAGUUCACCAAACUCAUCAAAGAGCUGGAAGGAAUGAUAACAAAAGCUGUGCUGAAGUCGAGCGAGGAGGAGAAACAGGAAGAAGAGGUGAAGAAGACACUAGAGCAGCAUGACAGCAUUAUAACGCAGUACAAUGCGCUGAUUAGAGAACAGGACUGUCAGAUAAAUGAGCUGAAGGAGCAGGUCGCUUCGCUGAGCUCCCGGAGUGAGACGCUGCAGAACACCGUGACACAGCAGCUCUCUCAGAUCCAGCAGCACAAGGACCAGUACAACAUCCUCAAACUCAAGCUCGGUAAAGACGCUCCUGUGAACGGCCUGCAGACGGAGGAGCAGAGCCAGCUCAGAGAACAGCUGGAGGAGCUGCAGAGACAACACCAGCUGCUGCAGACACAGCUGACGGAGAGAGACGCUCUCAUCACCGGCCUGCAGAAGGCUGAGGCCACACCGUCGACAGACAGCUCACCUUCAGACGUCACAGAGUUACAAAGGGAGCUGGAGGAGCUGAAAGCUCAGCUGAAGAGUCAGAGCGCAGAGAUCACAGAGCUCCAGAGAGAGAAACAGGAGCUUCUCAGAGCAUCACACGCCACAGGUUCAGAGGUCGCUGUGUGUGAGGAGUUGGAGAGCAGACUCUCGGCUCAGACAGCAGAGGCGCUGAAGCUCAAGGAGGAAGUUCAAGCUCUUCUGCAGAGGAAGGAGGUGAUGGAGAAGGAGCUGUCUUCGGCCUCGAGCACAGCUGCCAUCAUGCAGACGGAGAAGAGCCAGCUCCAGCACGAGCUGCAGGAGUCCAAGCGGGAGCAGGACGAUCUCCUCAUGCUGCUGGCUGACCAGGACCAGAAGAUCCUGAGCCUCAGACACCGACUCAAGGCUUUGGGAGAGACGAUUGAAGAUGAGGAUGAUCUGGAUGCAAGGGACCAGUUUGACGACGACGAUGAAGAAGAGUGUGACGAGUAAAGUAGUGACUUCAUAGUGGAAGUGAAAGACUGCUAAAAGUCAGCUGACACGCUUGGAGAC